GAAACAAACAAGAGCACAAAAGCUCUUGUAAUAUCCUUCCGAAAGAGAAAGAUCAGGCUUUAUGACUUUCCUGCCAGGCUGAACUGUUAUUCCGAGGGAACGGCUGUGUACUCCAGCACACUGGACUCUGAAGAACGUGGAUUACAAUGUUAAGGAUUGCGGAGGCUUUGGUCACUCUGGUGGCAGUGUCACUGAUGGCUGAAGGGGUAUUCGGUGGCUACGGGAUGAGUAUGUUUGCUGCGCAGACGUCUCCACCAGACCCGUGCUACGACGAGAACGGUAACCCGAGAAGAUGCAUCCCCGAUUUCGUGAACUCGGCUUUCGGGAAGGAAGUGCGCGUGUCCAGCACCUGUGGAAAGCCAGCCACUCGGUACUGUGUAGUAGCCGAGAAAGGAGACGAGAAAAGUAGGAAUUGCCACAUUUGUGACGCCGGAGACCCAAAGAAGUAUCACCCACCCGCGUAUUUAACAGAUCUCAACAACCCUCAUAACCUCACUUGUUGGCAAUCGGAAAAUUACAUCCAGUACCCGCAAAACGUCACACUGACACUCUCUUUGGGUAAAAAAUUUGAAGUCACCUAUGUGAGCCUUCAGUUCUGUUCACCGCGACCCGAAUCUAUGGCCAUCUUUAAGUCGAUGGACUACGGGAAAUCAUGGGUUCCUUUUCAGUUCUACUCUACCCAGUGUAGGAAGAUGUACAACAGACCAAAUAAGGCUGCAAUCACCAAGCAAAACGAACAAGAAGCUAUCUGCACGGACUCUCACACGGACAUGCAUCCCCUCUCCGGUGGUCUAAUAGCGUUCAGCACCCUGGAUGGCAGACCCUCAGCGCACGACUUUGACAACUCGCCGGUACUACAGGACUGGGUGACAGCCACCGACAUCAAAGUGACUUUCAGCCGAUUACAUACUUUCGGGGAUGAGAACGAAGACGACUCUGAGCUUGCCAGGGACUCUUAUUUCUAUUCGGUCUCAGACCUGCAGGUUGGCGGGCGAUGCAAAUGCAAUGGCCACGCAUCAAGGUGCGUGAAAGAUCGGGACGGGAACCUUGUUUGUGAGUGCAAGCAUAACACUGCUGGACCAGAGUGUGACAGAUGCAAACCAUUUCAUUAUGACCGGCCUUGGCAGCGCGCAACUGCGAGAGAAGCAAACGAGUGUGUCGCCUGUAACUGCAACCUGCACGCACGGAGAUGCCGCUUCAACAUGGAGCUGUACAAGCUGUCCGGGAGGAAGAGCGGUGGAGUCUGCCUCAACUGCCGCCACAACACGGCCGGCCGCCACUGCCACUACUGCAAGGAGGGCUUCUACAGAGACAUGAGCAAGCCCAUCUCCCACCGCAAGGCCUGCAAGGCAUGCGAUUGCCACCCCGUGGGAGCCGCCGGAAAAACCUGCAACCAGACCACGGGCCAGUGUCCCUGCAAAGACGGCGUGACCGGCAUCACCUGCAACCGCUGCGCUAAAGGCUACCAGCAGAGCCGCUCCCCCAUCGCCCCCUGCAUAAAAAUUCCCGUUGCACCUCCCACAACGACAGCAAGCAGCACAGAGGAGCCCUCAGACUGUGAUUCCUACUGCAAAGCAUCCAAGGGCAAACUGAAGAUCAACAUGAAGAAGUAUUGCAAAAAGGAUUACGCGGUCCAGGUGCACGUUCUGAAAGUGGACAAGGCGGGCGAGUGGUGGAAGUUCACCGUCAACAUCAUCUCCGUCUACAAGCAAGGCGUGAACCGCAUUCGGCGCGGGGACCAGUUCCUGUGGGUGCGCGCCAAGGACGUGGCCUGCAAGUGCCCCAAGAUCAAGCCCGGGAAGAAGUACCUGCUCCUGGGACACGACGACGACUCCCCGGACCAGAGCGGGGUGGUGGCGGACAAGGGCAGCCUGGUCAUCCAGUGGAGGGACACGUGGGCUCGCAGGCUGAGGAAGUUCCAACAGCGGGAGAAGAAAGGGAAGUGCAAGAAGGCCUAAAACGUCCACACCCCCCCCUGAGCAAGCGGAGAGGACACGGAGAGAGGAGCGAGGGACCGAGGGAGACAGAGACCUGAGGGACAGACGGAGGGACUGAACGUUGCUGCUUUGAGUACAAGCGUGAAGAGAAAAGUAGGGUGUUUUUUUUAGGAACUUUUUGUGAAGGAGCUCAUUUUCUCUUUUUUUUUUCCCCAUCGAGAUUUGUUUUUGUGGAUUUUUUGCCAAGUUUGCACCUAAUAUUCCCAGUAUAUAAAGUUGUUGGUAUUUCCCCCCCACCUCCCAUUUCCACGGCUUCGUAAUAAUUCCAAUCCAUUUUUACCGGACAUAUUGUUUUAGCGUAAUUGCAAAAACAAGCUACUGUAUCACAUUUCCGUGUCUAAAGCAGUUCAUUAAGCUUUAUGCAGUAUAUAUAUUGUACAGAUGGGGCCAGGAGAAUGCGAGGAGAAGCUGCUGAUUACAGGUGACUCCCCAGGGGUGUGGGCCUCGUCACAAGAAACUGUGUAAACAGCAAUGCAAGUGUUAACACACUAAAUGUAUCAUAAAAACCUCGCUUUUCUAUGUGGUUUUCCGCAUUCAGAAUCAUGUCACAUCGAAAAACAUGUUCCGUAGUGGAGCAGCAUCCUUUGACAAGCCUGCCAUUUUCCUAAGCGUAUCCUCUUCGUGUGGAACAAACUUGUGUGUAAUAUACCUCAAAUCUUUUAGUUCACUCUGCGUUAAGCUGAAGAGUGCCACAAAGCUGCAUGUUUUAGAGGAAAUCCUCUACUGGGCUAUGGGGUGUUGGACCAGCAUGUGGACCGAGGCCAUAGGUGCCAGUGUUGGGUUUAAGAGGCGCUCAUGAAUGAAUAUUACACCACGCCGUUAUAUAUUACAGAAGCUAAUGCUUUCGAGGAUUUAAUUUUUCGGUAUGUUUUACAUUUGUUCUGGGAGAAAAUAUUUAAAAAAAAGUUAAUACAGUGUCCUCAAUAGUCUUUACAUGCAUGGACGUUCAUUUUAAAUGGUUAAAGCUCUUCUGCAUGGUUCCAGGUUGCAUGUAAAAACCUUUUCUAGGGAGAUUAACUCUAAAAUCUCUUUUAGACUGGUGCUGCUGUUUUAUAGUUAAUUACUAUCGUUUAACUGGGAUAGUUCACUUGCUUGAGUUGUCUUUUUUUUUAUUGCAGUAUGUUUUCAUUUGACCCAGCCAUUUUGUUUGUGAUGAAAGCUAUUAAUAGUUAGUUUUUUGUUUUUGUUGACCUGUCGUCUUUGCAGUGGUGGACAUUCAGGGGUAACUGGUCUAAAGCGACAAAAUAUACUUCAGGUAUCUCCAAAGUAAUGUGUACAGCAGUGGUCUGCCUCCAUAAGCAAAUCUGUAUGUUUACACCUGGUUAUGCUUAAAAAAGAAAUCUUCAUUAUUCAGUAUUUUAUUUUCAGCAGGAAUUAUUUAAAACGGCCAUGUGACCGGAGCACAAUGAGGAAAUUGCGGUGCCUAUAUCAACAUGACUUUUUCAUUACGCUCCUAAUUGUGAGUAAAUGGAAACACACCGUAACAUGGCAGUACAGGCCGUUGUGGCAUUACUGAGGUGUAUCUUCUUGCUUAAGGCCACAACCCCCUGAAUGCCCACCGUUGAAGAGUUGGCAGAUCAUCAGAAACUUCCUUAAGCACCUAAAGUAUCCUUCAUCCCGCACAUAAACCGUCUGGGCCAAACAAAGACAUACACUAAGAAUGAAAUAAUCUCAGAACACUCCAGAAAGUGAACUAUCCUUUUCAAGUUGUGUUGGACUACCAACCCCAAAAAGAAAACAUACUACUUAUGCAAGCUUUGAGCUUCACAAAGACUCAGAACAGACCAACAACCAGCUGUCCAUGCAGCGUUCCUCUAAGUACAGCUCACUAUAUAUUUACGUUUUAUUCAUCUUGACAAAAGCAUUGUCAAUCAGUGUUCCAGAAAAGGCAUUUUUGGAUAGGGUAGUUCAUCUCCAGUCACCAGGGUUAAGCUAAAGACGGUGCCAACAAAGUGCAUUAGGAAAAGACUGCAUCCCUCAGCAAGUGUAAACCAACCUGGAGUACUUUUACAAAAAGGCUUAAUUAAAUCUAAGCUAUAUAUGGAAAUAUAAAUCAGAUAAACUACAUGACUUCAUCUUGGUAUUCAAAGCAUGAUGAAAGCAAAAAAGGAAAGAAAAAAGCAUGUUGUGUGCCAAAGACUUCAAACCGUCUGAAAGGCACAAAUCAUCCAAAGACUAGGCCUUAUUGUUAUUGUGCCAUGAGAGUAAAAUUAGCUUUUAGUCUGGCAGAAGUUUAAAAAAACAGGCAAAAAACAAAGCAAAACAAAGCCAGACUCUGUAUCAACUCUGAUAUCUUCGGCAUGACAAUAAACAUUCUUGGUGUUGCUUUGAAUCAGCAGGAUCUUCCACCACAGUAAUACAGCUGUAAUCUCUGGAAAUCCCACUUCUCUCUCUGCACAUCCCUGUCUCUGUUUCUCCUGCCAUAUGCUGAGCGUGGUAACGGUGCAAAGAGCCAAUCUGAGGCUGGAAAAGAAAUGAAAAGCUUUGUGGAUGAUCCUGCCGAUUACAAUUACUGGUCUCUGAACAUAACCUGAGAAAGAUGUUACCCAGAACGUUUCGUUAAGGAGAAAAUGCACACUCGCCGAGGUACAAGUAACCCAUCUGUGAGGCUGACUGAAGACCGUCUUUCACUGGAGAGAGGUCGUAAGAGAUUUCAAUGCUUUUUAAACAAAAAAAAUAAAUCCUGUUAAUAAGUCUGUUUCAGUGAUGUAUAGCGUAAAUCAUUUGCAAUGUGCAGACCAAUGAAGAAAACCAUUGCAGACCCGUAUCAACUGAAUACGUCAUUUGUGUAAUAAUGUAUUAUUGUUGCUUAAUUACAUUAACAGGCAAAAUUAUUUUGUUAUUUUGUAAAAAAAAAAAAAAAAAGUGAAAUAAAACAACUACAUUACAGAUGUGUGCAUUUAAAAAAAAAAAAAGGUGAAGAGGUUUUCUGGUACUGUGGGGUUACAGAGUUAAUUGUGAUGUGUGUAUAGUUAGUAUGUUUAUGUUAAGCAUUAUCUAGACAAUUUUGAAAUAUCACUAACCAGAAUUCUAAUUAUUGUAGAUUUUAACAGACAGAAAAAGAAUGAGUUCCAGAAUAAGCCGGUGGGACUGUGUGUAGUGCACCGUCACGGCAACGGAGGGGGAUCUGAGCUGUGAUUGGCCAGGCAGUGGGGUGCAGACAGACAGACAGACACACACACACACACACACACACACACGGGUAAAUGCCCUAUGGCCUGCACCUGACUUAUGGAUGACAUACUUCUCAUCUCACCCAACGAAGGAUCUAAAAAAUAAAAUGGAAAAAAAGAUGCAGAAAUUUAAACCUUAGAAUUAUAAAGUCCUAAGUGACAUUUUUGACGAAAAAUAGUGCCAUAAAUAUGUUGUUUAUAGGGCCACUAAAUAUAUGUGUGAAGGCUUACACAAAAAUACAGUUUGAAUGUACGAAGAAAUUCAAAAUUUUAAAGGUUGUAUCAGUUUGGAGCUCAUCCAUUUUGGUAUCUUUGAAGCUCAGUAUCUCAGACCACUCAGAACCUUAUAAUUCCAAGGUCACCAAGUAUGUCCACCUCACACUUCUGUGUCCUCAUAUCGUGGGCCCACAGACCACAGGCCAGCUCCUCACCCUUACUGUACCUUACAGACACCUAGAGCACAGGCCAGCUCCUCACCCUUACUGUACCUUACAGACACCCAGACCACAGGCCAGCUCCACACCCUUACUGUACCUUACAGACACACAGGCCACAGGCCAGCUCCUCAACCUUACCGUACCUUACAGACACCUAGAGCACAGGCCAGCUCCUCACCCUUACUGUACCUUACAGACACCCACCUCACAAGGCUGUCUGUCUGUCUCUCUCACUGCGGUGGCUUAAGACGACGCCAGCCCAUCCAUGAUGGCUCACUCACAGCCAUACACGAAGGGGCUCCAGAAAUAUGUAUAUUUACUUUAAAAAGACGGAUAACUGUAGAUGAACUAAAAUAAAAAUAAAAAGUGUAUUCUAAUUAGGGUAGAGGGAACAAGCGGAAGGUGUUUUAAUUUAUUGAUCUGACUGUUCCGGCGGACAGUACGCAGUCCCGUUCAUUCCACUAUAUUCACCACGAGGUCUGACCGCUGCUCUCCUGCAAAUAUACGUCUUUAUGUACAGAUCAUUACAACAAACGUGUAUGCUUUUUACUGGCAACUCCUCACGAAGAUGAAUGUAUUACAUAUAUAUUAAUAAAUAUAUACAUAUAUGCAUUUUAUUGUCCGUUGUAAUAUCCACAGAAUAUGUCACACAUGCAUCAACCCGCAUUUGGAAUAAGAUAAGCAUCGGCGAAAUAUAUAAUCGAACAAACUUGUUUUUAUUGUGUUUAGUAGCCCCACGGUGUAAAUUUUAGACCUGUUGUCCAAGCAAUGAAAGGGUGUUUGGAUUUGUACUGCAGACCUGUUGGAACUUUUGCUUUUGUUCAUUCUAUGAAUUGUAAAUGUUGUUUAGCUGUGGACAUUGCAAGAGUUUGCAAUGUUUUACAAUGCAUACUAAUAUAUUAUUGGUUAUUAUAUGAAUAUAUUUAAUGACACAUGAAACAUUGUGUGUUUUAUUUUUGUCCUUUUUUACCUUUUGUGGUUGUUAGAUGUGAUUAAAAUCAGAAGGAUAUUGUAACUACUGAAUACCAUCCUGGUAGAACUAAAUCCAGAAUUCAAUUGAAAUAAACUCCUGUACACUCA